CCGGCGCGUCAUCGCGGCGCGCAGCUCCGGCCGGCUCCGGCCGGCCUUUCGCGGCGGCUCCCGGCUCCCGGUGGACCGCGGCGGGGCUGCUCGCGCUCCGGCUUCCCGCGGCCGAGGACCCGCGCCGGGGACGAGAGCGCAGGUAUCUCGUGGUCGGCCAGGUACCAGUCAUGGAGAAAUCUCAUGCACAUGUGUCUGCCCACCGGGACAUCCUCUCCUUGGAGAACCGCUGCCUGGCUACACUUUCUGAGCUGGGGACCAUAAAGAAGUCUCACUGGCGUACAUAUGCCCAUCCAGAUAUUCUCUCCUUGGAGAACCGCUGCCUAACUACACUUCCAGAUCUAAAGAGCACUGUGUCUACCAGCCCCUUGCUCCAGUGUCUCCAGAAAUCUCCCCUGCUGCAAAGUGAUCUGUGCAGGCUGUACAGCACCAAGGGUCAGCUCUCUGCGCCUCCAAGCUGGAAGGCUCAAUGCCUCUCUGAGAAACUAGACCCGCUGAUCCGCCCCAGCACCCUGACAUCCAUCUCUGCCCGGGAGACUACUCUGGGAACUGCUUCGGAUCAUCAUUCCUCGUCAGAAGAAGAGAAAAAUGCAGAGAAGAAGGAAUGGGCGGAGGUUCAAAUGCCUUUUUACAGCCUGAGCUUGGGCGAGGAGAAAGAGGAGGAUGUUCUGGCCCUGCAGUUCAGCUCUGGAGACCCUUGUCCUGAGUCCACUGACCACAUCCUUCAGGAAAAAAAGAUGGCUCUAAUAAACUACCUGUGCUCUGCUUUGGUAUCGAAUAUAAAAGAUAUAGAAGACCUCUUGGAAGCCUGUAAAGAACUGGCACCUUUGGAACCCGAGUUUAUUCUUAAGGCAUCUCUGUAUGUCAGGCAGCAACUCAACAUUCGGGACAUGGCCAACAAACUCUUGGCCAUUGCUGCCUUUUUGCCUGUCUGCCGCCCGUACCUGCGACGCUAUUUUAGUGCCAUUGUCCAGCUGCCUUCUGACUGGAUCCACGUAGCCGAAUUCUACCAGAGCCUGGCUGAAGAGAGAGUGAACAAACUGGCUCCCCUGCCGGCCUGCCUGCGCGCUGCUAUGACAGACAAAUUCGCUGAGUUUGAUGAGUACCAGCUGGCUAAGUACAACCCUCGGAAGCAUCGGGCCAAGACUCACCCCCGACGACCCCCCCACCCUUCAGUCAGUUGUGGCAAGACGAAGCGUUCAUUUUUUGAGUCAGGACGCUAUUUGCCAAGGUGCAUUCAGCGAUUUCGGAAUGAACAGAGGGAGUUUGAGAAAACCUACUACACAGAGUCAGGGAAAAAGGAGCAGUCGAAGUUCACCCUGAAGAAGCUAGUACAGCGACUGCAUAUUCGGGAGCCUGCGCAGCAUGUCCAAGCCUUGCUGGGCUACAGAUACCCUGACAACCUACAGGCCUUUUCUCGGAGUCGCCUUCCAGGGCCAUGGGAUUCGAGCAAAGCUGGGAAGAGGAUGAAGCUCUCUCGGCCAGAGACCUGGGAGCGAGAGCUGAGCUCACGCGGGAACAAAGCCGCUGUCUGGGAAGAUCUCAUCGGCAACGGGAAGCUUCCCUUUAUGGCCAUGCUUCGGAAUCUGUGUAACCUGCUGCGCGUCGGAAUCAGUGCGCAUCACCAUGAGAUAGUUCUCCAGAAACUCCAGAACGAGAAGUCAGUGAUCCACAGCCGACAGUUUCCAUUCAGGUUCCUCAAUGCUCAUGAUUCCAUCAACAGUCUUGAGGCUCAGCUGAAAAACAGAGCUUUGCCAUUUCCUUCCAACAUAAAACUGAUGAGGCGGAUAAUUAGCAAUCCAAAAAACAGAAGGAAGUCUGCCUAUCAGCAACUCUCAGGACGUCGGGAAUUUCGGACAGCAAUGAUGUUGCCUGUGAUAUAUGAGCAGCUCAAGAGGGAGAAGCGGAAAAUAAACAAGACCAGACAGUGGAAAUACGAUAGUGCGAUACUAGCUCGCUAUCGACAGGCCCUGGAGACGGCUAUGAACCUGUCCGUGAAGCACAGCCUGCCCCCGCUGCCCGGCCGCACCAUCUUGUUCUACCUGGUUGAUGCUGAUGCAGACAAAUUCUACCCCAAAAGCAAUCCACAAGGGCCACCCCUCAACUAUGUGCUCCUGUUGAUGGCGAUGACAGUGGCACGGGCCGAGCAUGCAGAUCUUGUGCUGUGUGGGGGAGGCCUUUGGAAGUCGGCUGUGCUGAAAGCAGGUGAAGGCAUCCUGCAGACCGCCACCCAGCUCCAGACCCAAGUACAGGAGUUCACCUCGAGUGCUGAUUUUUCAGAAAACUCCGAUUGGUCCAUGACUCCUGUGGGCAAGUACCUGCUGUCUCUGGCUAUCCAGAGGGUUCCGGUGGACAGGGUCAUCCUCUUUGGUGACAGAAUGACUGAAACACUAGUCUAUUUGGCUAAACAGAUCUUCUGGCAGCAUGUAAAUCCCAAGUGCCUCUUUGUGGGAAUUCUCCUAAGAGAGACGUAUAAUCCGAAUCUGACUCAGAGACCCAAUGAUGUGACGUUCUCGGGCUGUACGGAUGGGCUACUGAAGUUCAUUGCAGAGCGUGGGGCUUCACGUCUUCUAGAACAUGUGGGACAAAUGGACAAAAUAUUCAAGAUUCCACCUCCCCCAGGAAAGACAGGGGACGCUGCUGUCCGGCCUCUUGAGGAGAAUACUCUGAGCCCCUUGGCUUCUGUUUCCCAGCCCAGGUGGCGCAGCCUCCGGCUCUUCAUCUCGUCCACUUUCCGGGACAUGCACGGGGAACGGGAUCUGCUGCUGCGGUCGGUGCUGCCUGCCCUGCAGGCCCGCUUGGCCCCCCACCGCAUCAGCCUUCACGCCAUCGACCUGCGCUGGGGUAUCACGGAGGAGGAGAGCAGAAGGAACAGACAGCUGGAAGUAUGCCUCGGGGAGGUGGAGGACUCGCAGCUGUUUGUGGGAAUUCUGGGCGCCCGCUAUGGAUACACCCCCUCUGACUACAACCUCCCCGACUACCCUCAUUUCCGCUGGGCCCAGCAGUACCCUCCAGGGCGUUCGGUGACCGAGAUGGAAGUGAUGCAGUUUCUGGACCGGGGCUCCCGCCUGCCGCCUUUGGCCCAGGCCCUCAUCUACUUCCGGGACCCCGGUUUCCUCAGCUCUGUGCCGGACGCCUGGAAGUCUGACUUUACUUCUGAGUCUGAAGAGGCUGCUCAUCGGAUCUCAGAACUGAAGAGCUACCUGAGCAGACAGGAAGAGGUUCUUUGUCAGAGAUACUCCUGUGAGUGGGGCGGUGUGGCCGCCGGCCGGCCCUAUGUGGCAGGGCUGGAGGAGUUUGGGAAGUUGGUCCUGCAGGAUGUGUGGCACCUGAUUCAGAAGCUGUACCUUCAGCCUGAGGCCGAGAGGGAGCAGCCAGCGUCCAUCCCAGAUGACGACUCGGUCCAGGAGACGUUCCAGCAACUGCAGAAGCCCCCGCACCCCGCCCGACUGCGCCUUCUUCGUGACACAGUUCAGCAGCUGAGGCUGCCCCAGGGGAGGCUGAGCCUGGUGACAGGACACUCAGGACAGGGCAAGACAGCCUUCUUGGCGUCCCUCGUGUCGGCCCUGCAGGCUCCUGAGGAGGCCAAGGCGGCUCCCUUAGUUUUCUUCCACUUUUCAGGAGCCCGACCCGACCAGGCUCUUGCCCUCACCCUGCUCAGGCGCCUCUGUACCUAUCUGCAGGGCCAGCUGCAAGAGUCCCGUGCCCUCCCCCAGUCCUAUCGGGGCCUGGUGUGGGAGCUACAGCAGAGGCUGCUGCCCCAGUCAGCUCAGUCCCUGCAGACAGGCCAGGCCUUGGUGCUGAUCGUCGACGGGGCUGACAGGUUGGUGGACCAGCGUGGGCACCCGAUCUCAGACUGGAUCCCCAAGACCCUUCCCUGGAGAGUACACCUGGUUCUUAGCGUGUCAAAGGAUGCAGGCCUGGGGGAGGCCCUGGAGCUGAACCUUGGUGCCCACGUCGUGACCCUGGGGCCCCUGGAGCCACGUGCCCGGGCCCAGCUGGUGAGGGACGAGCUGGCUCUGUACGGGAAGCGGCUGGAAGAGUCGGCGUUUAACAAUCAGAUGCAGCUGCUGCUAGUGAAGCGGGGGUCUGCACUGCCGCUCUACCUGCGCCUGGUCACGGACCACCUGAGGCUCUUCACACUCUAUGAGCAGGUGUCUGAGAGGCUCCAGACCCUGCCCGCCACUGUCCCCCUGCUGCUGCAGUACAUCCUGGGUACUCUGGAGCAAGAGCAUGGCCCCCAUGUCCUUUCCAAAGCCCUGGCCACUCUGAAGGUCACUCGUAGCGGUCUGACAGUGGACCAGCUCCAUGGGGUGCUGAGUGCAUGGCAGAUGCUUCCCAGGGUGACCAAGAGCUGGGAGGAAGCAUCAGCCGCUGUCAACAGUGGGGACCCCUUCCCCAUGAGCCCGUUCGCCUACCUUGUCCAGAGUCUGCGCAGAUUGCUGGGAGAAGGCCCCCUGGAACGCCCUGGAGCCCGACUCUGCCUCGCUGAUGGCCCCUUGAGAACAGCAGCUACGUGUCGCUAUGGGAAGAAGCCGGGGCUGGAGAACAUGGCCCACCUUCUCCUCGCAGCUCAGCUUUGGAAGGCCUGUGACCCUGACGCCUCAGGCACCUUCCAGAAUUGUCCUCCCGAGGCUCUGGAAGAUCUGCCAUACCACCUGCUGCAAAGCGGGAACCGUGGCCUUUUGGCGAAGUUUCUCAGCAGCCUCCAUGUGGUCGCUGCGCACCUGGAGCUGGGUCUGAUCUCACGACUCCUGGAUGCCCACGCUCUCUACGCUUCUUCAGUCCCUGAAGAGGAAGAAACGUUUCCAGAUGCCGAUGUUGCUGUCUUCAACAGCUUCCUGAGGCAGCAGGCUCCAGUCCUCCGCCAGUACCCCCUUCUCCUGCCCCAGCUGGCCGCCAACCAGCCCCUGGACUCUCCUCUUUGCCGCCAGGCUCCGCAGCUCUCCAAGCGAUGGCGGCUCCAACGCAUGCUGCGAUGGCUGAAUAAACCCCAGACUAUGGGGAGCGGCCAAUGCUCCAGCCUGUCUCUGCUGCUUUCUUCCACACCCACAGCUGUGGCCUUCUCUCCCAGUGGGCAAAGGGCAGCUGUGGGCACUGCCAAUGGGAUGGUUUACAUAUUGGACCUGAGAACCUGGCAGGAAGAGAAGUCUGUGGUGAGCGGCUGUGACGGGGUCUCCUCCUGUUGCUUCCUCUCAAACAACGCCCUCUUUCUGACCGCCUUUGACGGGUUCCUGGAACUCUGGGACCUGCAGCACAGCUGCAGGGUGCUCCAGACCAAGGCUCACCAGCACCAAAUCACCGGCUGCUGCCUGAGUCCGGACCGCCGGCUGCUGGCCACCGUGUGCCUGGGGGGAUGCCUAAAGCUGUGGGACACCGUGCGUGGGCAGCUGGCCUCCCAGCACACCUGCUCGCAUCCCCUGAACUGUGUGGCCUUUCACCCUGAGGAGCAGCUCUUAGCUGUUGGCAGCUGGGCCGGCAGCCUCAGCUUCUUCCAGGUGGAUAGACUCCGGGUCACCAAGGAACUCGGGGCUCCGGGCAUCUCCGUGCGCACUGUGGCCUUCAGUGAGGCGGGACGGGUUGCGGUCAUGGGCCGGCUGGACGGGACGCUGGAGCUGUGGGCGUGGAAGGAAGGGGCCCGACUGGCGGCCUUCCCUGCCCACCGGGGCUUUAUUACUACUGCCCUUUACCUGCACUCUAGACACCAGUUACUGACCACUGGUGAGGAUGGCAAGGUUCGUGUGUGGUCUGGUUCUCUGGGUCAGCCCCGUGGUGCCCUUGGCUCCCUUCCUCUCUCUCCUGCCCUCUCCUUGGCUCUCAGCCCGGAUGGUACUCAAGUGGCUAUUGGGUACCGAGAAGAUGGCAUUAGGAUCUACAGACUCUCUUCAGUUUCCCAAGGAGCUCGGUGUCAAGAGCUUGAUGUGGCAGUGACAGCGCUGGCCUGGCUAAGCCCGGAUGUGCUGGUGAGUGGGGCAGAAGAUGGGUCCCUGAAGGUCUGGCAGCUCCAGAUCUGCGGCCUUCAGUUGCUCCGCUUCCAGUUCACACAUCAGAAGCCUGUACUGAGUUUGGCUACCUCCCAGGAACUCUUGGCUUCUGCCUCAGAGGAUUCCACUGUGCAGCUGUGGCCGAAGCUGACCCUGACUUUGCCCUCGAAGACCAAAGACUUUCCCACUGGUACUAUGGUGCUAGGACACACCGGGCCUGUGAGCUGCUGUAGCUUCAGCAUUGAUGGAAACAACCUGGCCACUGGGGGCAGGGAUCGGAGCCUUCUCUGCUGGGACGUGAGGAACCCCGAAAUCCCUGUUCUCCGUUACGCCUUCAAUUUCUGCCACCGUGACUGGGUCACUGGCUGUGCCUGGACCAAAGACAACCUACUGGUCUCCAGCUCCAGUGAUGGCUCUGUGGGGCUGUGGAACCCCCAGUUGGGACAGCAGCUCGCCCACUUCCUGGGCCAUCAGAGUGCUGUGAGCGCCGUGGCAACCGUGGAAGAACAUGUGGUAUCAGUGGGCCGAGAUGGAACUUUGAAAGUGUGGGACCUUCAGGGUGUGGAGCUGACCAGCAUCCCUGCACACUCAGGACCCAUCAGCCACUGCAUAGCUACCCUGCAGCCUCGAUCAGCGGGCCAACCUGGGGCAGAGCUGCUGGUGGUGACUGCAGGGCUGGACGGGGCCACUCGCUUGUGGCAUCCACUCCUGGUGUUUCAGACACACAUCCUCCUGGGACACAGUGGCCCUGUCAAUGCAGCUGCUGUUUCAGAGACUUCUGGCCACCUGCUGACCACCUCAGAGGAUGGUUCUGUCCGCCUCUGGCAGGUACCUAAGGAGGAAACAGAUCAUCCAAGUAUCCCUAGGAGUCCUGAAGCCAUCACUGCUGUGGUCUGGGCCCCAGAUGGCUUCCUGGCAGUAUCUGGAAACCAAAUUGGGGAACUUGUCUUGUGGCAUGAUGCGAAGGCUGUGGCCACAGCACAGGCUCCAGGCCGCAUCAGUUCUCUGACCUGGCUCUCAGCACGCACCUUCAUCGUUCUCACAGCUGAUGAAAAGCUCAGCGAGUGGCAGGUGCAUCGAGAGAAGGGCUCAUCUUCCAGAAACUUCAGUCUUCACCUGAAUCGAGUUCUGCUGGAGGACCAUAGGUUCCUGUCAGUGGUGGGCCUGGCCCCCAAUGGUCACUUACUCAUCUUUGUCAGUGGGAGUUCGGAAUUUAUGAGCAUAAAACCAGGGGAUGAUCCUUCUGUUAUCUGGUACUGCCAUGUAGUACAACCUGUAAUAUCCACCUGUAAAGACCUCGGUGUGUUUGUCCUGCAACCAUUGGGAUAUACAUAUGUUUAUAACUUGAGACAAACUGAAUCAGGAGACUAUGAGAGUAUAGAAUUUUCUCUGGACUUAGAGAAUCCUACUCAGAACCAAGUGUCGAUAACUCAGGCCAAAGUGGAGUCCGAGUCAUCGUUUUUGUGUGCCAGUGACGAUGGGAUGCUGUGGAAACUAGGCAGGCGCAUCAGCGAAGAUAAAUGGAUGACAGACAACAUCUGGAAGAAGCAAGAGAAGAUGCAGGACACCCAAAAUUCAGAGACCGAGAGUGUGCAUUCAGACACGUCCAACUGGACAAGCACCAUAGAACUCAUGACACAGCAGCGUCGAAAGAUUCACUCAGGCCCUGUCACUGCCCUGCAUGUACUGCCUGAAUGGCUGGUGACAGCUUCAAAAGACAGAGAUGUAAAGCUGUGGAAAAGAUCCAGUAUGGAGCUGCUGGGCCUGUUCCGAUGUGAAGGGGCAGUGAACUGCGUUGAUCCUCACAUGAACCCUGACUCUGGCCUGCAGCUCGCAGUGGGAGACGCACUGGGCAACGUGUACUUUCUCUCCUGGGAAUGAGGAUGCGUGACUCAGAAAUUAUCACCUGGGCCAGAACUACAGAGCCUGAAGACACUGGAGGCUACUUUCUUAAUAAAAUUCAAAUAAUGA